AUGAACGAUGCGUCGACGCUGGAUUAUGAACUGCUCUCCCCUGCCCUGGUGGAGCAGCCCGGGGGGGGCUCAGCAGGGAUGGAUGCUGAGCAGAAAACUGUCUUUGCCUUUGUCAUCUUCCUCCUGGUCUUCUUGGUGAUGCUGAUGGUCCGUUGCUUCCGCAUCCUGCUGGACCCCUACAGCCGCAUGCCUGCCUCCUCCUGGACCGACCACAAGGAGGGCUUGGAGAGGGGCCAGUUUGACUACGCCCUGGUUUAG